AUGAAGCACCCGUGGCGGAUCUGGACGAUUCGGACUCCUCUGGUGAAGAAGACGCAGCAGUUGAUGACGCAGACAACGUUCCCGAAGCUGUUUUCCGCGAUACUGACAACUUCAACACGCUCAUGGAGGUCUUCAGGUUCAUUGUUGGAUGCAACAAUGGGCGUGGCUUGUCGAACGAAAGCACCGUGUGGCUGCUGAACCUGCUGCGUGACGAGCGCCUCAAUCUGGUGCUGGUUCGGCACUGGCGUACCUUUCAUGCCAUGAUGCAGUACGGCUUGUCGCUGCUCAUGGAACAUCAGGAGUACGAGACAUAUGUCGUUACAGUCCCUGGUUGCCCCAUCGCUUUUGAGGUGUCGGCUACUAGCGGGAAGGAGGCUGUCUUGAAGCUCCUAAGCAACCCUGCAAACGCGGACGGGUUCGUGAUCCUUCCACGAGAGGAGUCAUCCGGCGCGGGACGCAUGUACACGACUCCCGAGACUGCGAUCUGCUGGGAAGAAGCACACAAGGCUGCGGGGGAGACAUUUGGGCCCGGCACUAUCGUCGUACCGCUCAUCAUCUCGAGCGAUGCAACCUUCCUGAGUGGUAACGAGCGCACAAAGGUGUGGGCGGUGUACAUCUCGAUCGCGAACAUACCCCUGCACCGCCGCUGGACGGAGAGCGGCAAGAUCCUGCUGGCGAUGCUCUCGUUCCCGCCCAGCCGCAUGAGCCCAUCCGACAAGGUGGCUCUCUUCCAGGCUGCGAUGAAGAUCGUCCUUGCUGACCUGAUUGUGGCGUUACACAGCCGCACUGUGUGGGGCAACACCUACCUGACACUGGCAGUUGACAUCAUGCGCGCCAUCUACAUCGACUUCUGGGUGUACAUCCGAGACUGCCUCCGAGGCAACAACGACUGCGAACGCGUCACCUGCCUGGCUAUAGUGGCCAUUCUCGAAUGGCACGAGAGCUGCAUCCGCGCCUCGUUCCAGACCGACACAUCCCUCACCGAACUCGAGGGCCGCACCAAAAGGUACUGGGGGUGCGAAGUGGUGUUCCCGCGAGGUGGGCAGGGGUGGAACCUGCUCAAGGUGCACCUCUUGACCCAUCUGCCAGCUGCGAUUCGGCGCUGGGGACUACCCCAGGAGUUCUUGGCUGCGGUGUACGAGAACGCGCACAUCCGCACAUGCAAGCUGCCAUACCGUUCCUCGAACCACCGCGCCCCAACACGUGCCAUUGCGCAACACAACACCCGUGCUGGCAUGGUGGCGCAGCUUGGCACGCGCCUGAUUGGCGGGAGGCGCAACAACACCGCCAUGGCCAGGGCCACCCGCACGGGCACGCCGCAGCUGACCAGGUCGUGCAGAUCUCUCACUGAAAGGCCCACUGCAAACGGGGAGGCGGACUCGGUGUUUGAUCUCUUCAACACGGCGUUGGGGGGGGUCCUUGGGCCUUACUCCGUGCUCAUGCGUGGGGCUGGCCUGUGCCAGUUCCCUGCCAAGGCCCACACCGCGCUUGCCCUGCCAUCCCGGCAGACCGACGUCGGCACCCUCAGGGCGGAUUAUGUGCGCGCAGCGGUGUCCAUGCAUGGCCACCAGGCCUUCUCCUGUGUGGAGUAUGACUCCACAUGA